AAAGGAUUGAAUUGCUUAAAUAAUUAAAGUCAAAGAAAGAAAGAAAGAUAGAGAAAUAUAAAAAUAGGAAGAGCAACGAUAUAAAAUCUUCUUAUAAUUAAAUUAGAAAAUGUCGAUCGCUCGAUUUCUUCGAACGAAUAAGAAUCGAGGAGUCCGAUUAUAGCACGACAAUAAUCGAUAAAUCAAAAUGUUCUUAUUAUUAGAAUGACGAAAAUAUAAAUUCGUUGAAGCGCACUUAAAAUCAAUUUCUAGCCAUUUUUCUCUAUUAUAUGUAUAUAUAUAUAUAUAUAUAUAUAUAUAUAUGUUUUUUUUAUAAUAUAUAUUAUACAUAUGUAUAUUAUACACAGGCGCAAUGUUUGAUGUAUCAAACAAAGAAAGAAAAAAAGAAAAAGAAAAAGGAAAGAAGAUUUAUUUGAUUAUGCGCCCAAUAAAAAGAGAAGGAAAAGGAAGAAAAGCAAAACAAAAAAAAAAAAAAAAAAAACAAAUAAAUGCCUUACUGUUAAAAAAAAGUAAAGAAAAGAAAAUCUAUAUUGUUUUCGAGGUGUGCGUAAGAGAAUAAUAAAGUUUCACAAAAUGACACAAUUCUUCAAUUUCAAAUUGAAUUCUAAUUAAAUUAAUAUUCCAAUUCAAUUAUUUAUAUAAUAAAAGAAAGAUCGUCGUUUACGUUUGUUAAAAUAAAUAUGAGCAUGGAUGCAUUGGUUGGUUCUCGUUACGUAUUCCCCCGUUUCUUUUCCUCUUGAUUGAUCUGAAUGAACGAAAGAGAGACAGAUAACAAUGAGUAAAAUAUAAGAAAGAGAAAGAGAAAGAGAAAGAGAAAGUGAUCGUUAUCACCGAAUGUAAUAGCAUCGUUUUAACCACUUAAAGUCUCGUUACAGUAGAUGAGAAUUGUAUAUACAUAUAUGAGAACAUACAUACAUAGAUAUGCAUAUAUAUGUAUAUAUAUAUAUAUAUAUAUAUAUAUAUAUGUGAAUAUGUAUGUGUAUUUUAGAGUAGGGAUGCUACAUAACCUGUAGAUGAACUCUAUAUAUGUGAACUCUAUCUCUGUUCUUACUCUCUUAUUUCUUCUUUACUUUCUCUCUCUCUCUCACUCUCUCUCUCUCUCUCUCUCUCUCCCUCUUCAAUCUUUUUUCAUCGUCAGUCUACAAUCAAGAGUCGCCGGUUAUCGUUCAAGAUGACCGGAAUAAUUCCAUGGAUCUGUUUCUGCGCGUUGUUUUCAGGAAUAUUUGCGAGUCAACAUCGAAGAAAGGACGGAUUUCAGAAUACUUUGGGACACUUGAGAACGAAUACACCAACGGAAGUUCAAGAGAAAGCAGCGAGGGAUUUGAUUAGAAGAUUAUUAGGGAAUGACGUAGCUCGUUUAUUCGAUGUCAUCGUCGAUCCUAAUCUCGGUCCUACGGGAAAGGAUACUUUCCAGAUCAAGAAAAAUGAUCUUGAGAAGAUCGAGAUUCGUGGUACCUGUGGGGUCGCUGUUGCAUGGGGUUUGCAUUAUUAUUUGAAGAAUUAUUGCAACGUUCAUAUUUCCUGGGAUGGAAAUCAGAUCGAGCUUCCACAUAUAUUGCCAGAUGUCCAUGUUAGAAUCACGUCGAACGAUAGGUUUAGAUAUUAUCAGAAUGUAUGCACGUUGGGCUAUAGUUCAGUUUGGUGGCAAUGGGAUCAAUGGGAAAGGAAUCUAGAUUGGAUGGCCCUUAAUGGGAUAAAUCUUGCUCUCGCUUUUAAUGGACAAGAAGCAAUCUGGGAGAGAGUUUAUGUCAAAUUGAAUCUAACCGUAGAUGAGAUAGACGAACAUUUUGGUGGACCAGCUUUUCUUCCUUGGACCAGAAUGGGCAAUAUUCGUGGAUUUGGUGGAUCAUUGACUAAUCAUUGGCAUUAUCAAAGUAUUCGUCUGCAACAUCGUAUACUUCAAAGAAUGAGAGAACUCGGUAUUAUCCCUGUAUUACCUGCUUUCGCUGGCCAUGUGCCAAGAGCCUUCGCCAGAUUAUUUCCCAAUGCCAAAAUGGCUAAGAUCGAUAGUUGGAAUAAAUUCGAGGACAGAUAUUGUUGUCCUUACUUGUUGGAUCCUACGGAUGAAUUAUUUCAAAGAGUCGGUGAAAUAUUUUUACGGGCGUACAUCGAAGAAUUUGGAACGAAUCAUAUCUACAAUUGCGAUACUUUUAAUGAAAACGAACCUGGCAAUAGUGAGCUAAGUUAUUUGGAAAACGUUUCAAGGUCAAUUUACACAGUCAUGAGUAACGUCGAUACUCAAGCAAUAUGGUUGAUGCAAGGAUGGCUCUUCGUUCAUGAUUUCACAUUCUGGACCGAGCCCAGAGUGAAAACUUUUUUAACUUCGGUUCCUAUCGGAAAAAUGAUAGUACUGGAUCUACAGUCCGAACAAUUUCCACAAUACGCGAGAUUGAAAUCAUAUUAUGGUCAACCUUUCAUAUGGUGUAUGUUACAUAAUUUUGGUGGUACAUUGGGAAUGUUUGGUUCGGCAGAAAUCAUCAAUAAACGAGUGUUCGAAGGAAGAAAUAUGGCCGAUAGUACGAUGAUAGGAACAGGCCUCACACCGGAGGGUAUUAAUCAAAAUUAUGUCAUUUACGAAUUGAUGAACGAGAUGUCUUAUCGUCGCGAACCCGUUGACCUUGAUUCAUGGUUUGGAAAUUAUGCUACGAGAAGGUACGGCGCAGAAAAUGAGUACGCAACGAGAGCUUGGAAAAAUUUCGGAAAAACAAUAUAUAAUUUUGUCGGAUUAGAAAAGAUUAGGGGAAAGUACGUCAUUAGCAUGUUGCCGAGUUUAAAACUAUAUCCUUGGACUUGGUACGAACCGGAUAAAUUUUUAAACGAUUGGAAUACAUUAAUGAUGGCACGAUACGGAAGAGGGAAUAGUACUCUUUAUAAACACGACGUUGUCGAUAUAACGAGACAAGCACUUCAAUUAAUGGCCGAUCGGGUUUACGCGAAUAUCGUUGAUUCGUUUAAUAAGAAGAAUCUAACAGCAUUACGAUCGCAUUCCUCUAUGAUGUUCGAUAUAUUCGACGAUCUCGAAAUGAUUCUGGCAUCGAGUAAAGACUUUUUAUUAGGUGUAUGGUUGAAAGAUGCAAAAGCUAUGGCAAAAGAUAAUAAUCAAAAGGAACUCGAUACAUACGAGUAUAACGCGAGAAAUCAGAUCACCCUAUGGGGACCGAACGGUGAAAUAAGAGAUUAUGCUAACAAACAAUGGUCCGGGAUCAUUAUCGAUUAUUUUAAACCAAGAUGGAUGAUAUUUCUCAAAGCACUCGACGAUACUCUCGUUAAGAAAAUAAAACUUAAUGUGACCGAAAUUAAUGAGAAAAUUUUUAUUAACGUCGAGGAACCAUUUACACGAUCCAAAAAGAUUUAUUCAACCGAACCGAAAGGCGAUUCCAUCGAUAUAGCUAUGAAAAUGAUCAAGAAAUGGUACAAAUCAAAUUUAACGAUGAAAAUUCGAGGAUCAAGAAAAUCACGUGUCUGAUAUUUAAUUUCAUUCUUUCAAUUUCAUCGAUAUUUUCAAUCAUAUUAAUUAUAUAUUUAGUUUUUUAUUAUAUCAUUAUCUAUAAAAUUUCUAUGUUAUCUUAUCUUAUCGAUACCUUUGUAUAAAGAUUUCUUCUGUAAUAUUUACAUUAAUUUUUAUGUAUCAAGAGAUCAAGCAUAAACUUACCUUACAUUUCUCUCUCUCUCUCUCUCUCUCUUUUUGUUAAAAAGUCAAACAAUUAGAUCUCCAGAAGAUGCACGUUUAUUGUUAUAUAAUAUAUUGUUACAUAGGUCCUGAGCAAUAUGAUUAAUAAAUUUUCUUGGAUUGGGAGAAGGAUAAGAGAAAAAAAAUAAAUUAAAUGGAAUGAUGCAACACAGUUGACAAUUGUUUCUUCCUUCGUUUCUUCAUAUUUUUACGAUAACACAGUACGGUACAAUGGUCGAAUUAUGUAAAUUACAAAGUUCGAUAUGAAGAAAAUACAUUGAAUUGAUUCGAGCAAAUAGAAGAAUAAAAUACGAUACAUUGAACUUAUCAACUUAUCAAGAGAGUUUAAAUAUUAAUUCCUUUUUUUUUUCUCUCUCUCUCUUUUCCGUCCGAGUCAA